GACCCUUCCCGCGACCGGUCGUGAGGCGGGGCGAGCGCGGAAGGCUGGGCGGGUAGUGCUGCGCUAUGGAACCGGACGGGACCUACGAGCCGGGCUUCGUGGGUAUUCGAUUCUGCCAGGAAUGUAACAACAUGCUUUACCCCAAGGAGGACAAGGAGAACCGCAUUUUGCUCUACGCGUGCCGGAAUUGUGAUUACCAGCAGGAAGCCGACAACAGCUGCAUCUACGUCAACAAAAUCACGCACGAAGUGGACGAGCUGACCCAGAUCAUCGCUGACGUGUCCCAGGACCCCACAUUGCCGCGGACCGAGGACCACCCGUGCCAGAAGUGCGGCCACAAGGAGGCGGUAUUUUUCCAGUCGCACAGUGCCCGUGCGGAGGACGCUAUGCGCUUGUACUAUGUGUGCACUGCCCCUCACUGCGGCCACCGCUGGACCGAGUGAACCACCCUCCCCCAUGUGUAAUAAAUGCUCUGUUCUGUGAA